AUGGAGACAUUCUGUGAGAACUGCAGCUCCAACAAACCGUUAUGUGCACGACUGGGUGCAAUGACUCACCUGAGCAGCCAAAUUGGCCCCAUCUUGGAAACCAAAGCAGCCCCCGAGCUUGGAUCACAUGUAUCUAGAAGACAGCGACAAGACGAUGAGGACCGAACCGCUCAUGACGCGCACAGGUUUCUAACUUUGACUAGCGAGGGCGCAGGAUUGUCAAGAUCUAGAAUCACAGACAUCAGCCAGGUCCAAUCGCGGCAGACAUGGCGUCAAAUCACGCACCGGCACGGCACGGUAGUUUGCAGGCCGCGAUGUGUCGUCCGGAUCCAAUCCAACCGCCAGUGCCUGUCUACCUGGAACCAGGGCGGCGAAUUGACGAAAGCGGGCGGUGUGGCUGGACUUGUUCGCUCUGAUCAGGUGAGCGAAUGCGGGCUCAGAUUCAGAACGAACGACCUCCACGGAGCCGGGGGCAGGAGCAUAUCAGAUCAGAUGACUCAAGAAGCAGCCCUGGGCGGGAUGGGAAUAUGGGAUCCUAGGACGGAGGCGCGUGGAGAAGACGAGUGGAAGCUAGGCGCGGCAACGCGGGAGAGGUGCCGUACCUGGGCGGGCGCCGCACUUGGCAGCGCGCAGGAGGUCGAUCUUCUUGAGGAUGAAGCUGGCGCCGAUGAAGGCGCUGAAGGCGACGGCGAGCGCCAGGCCCUUGCAGCGCUAGCCACGUGA